AUGGAUCCUUUAGCAAAAUGGUGGUAUAACACCAACCACCACUUUUCUAUACAAACAACACCAUAUGAGAUUGUUUAUGGCCAACCAGCACCUAGUCAUAUACCGUAUCUUCUUAAUGAUUCUAAAGUUGAAGAAGUUGAUGAAAGUCUGAAAGCCAGAGAAGCUACCAUUCAGCUUAUGAAAUUCCAUCUUAACAAGGCACGGAAAAGGAUGAAGCAGCAAGUAGAUAAGCGCAGGUCUGACAAACAAUUUGAGGAAGGAGACUAUGCAUAUGUCAAACUCCAACCUUAUAGACAAAUAUCUAUUUUUAACAGAUCUUAUCUUAAGCUAGCAGCUAAAUUCUUUAGCCCUUAUAAAAUUCUGGCAAUGGUGGGUGCAGCAACAUAUAAGUUGGAAUUACCUACGACUACUCGAAUUCAUCCGGUCUUUCAUGUGUCCCAACUCAAGAAGCAUGUUGGACGAAAGCCUACUCAAUUUCAUCUUCCUUUGUUGGAUGGAGAUAGAACCUUAGCACAAGAGCCUGUGGCUAUUCUAGACAUGCGUAUGAAUAAGAGAAGAGGUAGGUUGGUCAUUGAAGUGCUGGAGCAAUGGAGCAAUUGCUUUCCUGAAGAUGCCAUAUAG